AGCUAGCUAGGGCUAGUAGACUGACCAAAACGAAUGGCAAACGCCAACCUCAGUAGUAGACCCACAAUGCAUUUCACAUAUCCUCUGUGAUUGGUGGAGACCUCGAGAACAGCCCGCCUUCUGUGAAACUAUCCAAUUACCGAACAGAGCCCACUGUUUAGCGUCCACCACGCUUUGUGUUGUGAGGUUGAGAAACGAAGAAUUGUCGAGGCUGUGUAACGUUACUUACUAGGAUAGGAGUUACUUUUCCUACAGAGCUUCAGUAUCCUUGUAAAGCUAUUCCAAGGGGAGGCAUUUUUUCUGCAGGGGUACAUUCUACAGGACCACACUGAAAUCUCUUUUUUAAAACAGCACUCGAUGGAGGAGAGCCAAGAUUUCUCACUUUGUGGUAAAGCGGCUGUAACUGAAAAUAAUUUGAGAGAUGAGUACUAUUGGAAGCUUGUUGCAGACUUCAUUGGUGCUCAAUCGGGAGAAGGACUGGAGCUGGAAAAGGCACCAUGCAGGAACAGAGUUUUGAUUCAAGUAGGACUUAUGAGAGAGGAAAAUAAUUUCCCGUGGCUUGCCGUUUUAGAUUGGCUUAAGAAAACCUUCCCCAGUCAUCAGUCAGCAGACUUUCGUCGUUUGAUUGAAAGAGGCAUCGCGACAACCUUGAGUCUGGGAAGUAUCGCGAGGCGGACUUUCCUGGAGUCAGACGUCAACUUUAACUUUGUUGGCCCAAUAUGUGAUAGCAUCGGGGUUGAACGACAACAUCUUUUGGAAAUGAGGGAUUUUUCAGAGCGAGCGCAGUCAAUCGAAGUCACAAACGGUUUGAUUCUCGAGUUAUGCAACUUUGUCACCAGGGAGCGAAUUGCGCCAGUUGUUCUAGUUACUUGGCUUAAGAACUUCAACCCUGAGUAUUGUAAGAAUGGGGACAUUCAAAAGGCAUAUAAAGUCCUUAGAACCAAGAUAAAAAAGUUAAAACAGUAUUGUCGCAAUUAUGAAACGAGGAGUCACAGGAGAAAUGCAGUGAUGGAAAAUGUGCUUCAAAGUCCAUUUGAACUGGUGCGGAAAAAAAUGCCACGAUUAAUUGCAAAGAAACGCAUUAAAAAAGACGACACAAUAAAUUAUGAAAAAGUUACAAUCAAGCAGGAGUACGAGAGCUAUGAAAUCAUGCAAGAUGAGGAGCCUGAGAUGAACAGACUGAAAGACGUCUCAAUGCGCGAUGAAAGUGAUGAGGAUUUAGAUGAAUCCAAGAGUGAAGAUGAAACCUCAGUUAACAAACAAGAGGCUCUGACUCUACUUGACAUUGCAAUGGUGUCCGUCCAAAAGAUGUCAGGAGUGUACGGUGGAAAAAACAAAGCGUGUAAGCAAGUUUGCUUAGAUCUCCUCAAAAAUCAGUAUGCUCUUACAUGCAGGGAGCAUCCAGCCAUGUUAGAAUUUGAGAGAAAACUAGACACAUUCAGUGAAGACAUUUCACUUGUUUAUCCCGCAGUGUUUUUAAACUGCAACGCCAACUUCCUCGUUGACAUUUAUGAUGCCGUGGAGAAGCAGAUUAUGAACUUUGAAAGAGAGAUAAUUCUGUCGAUGGGAGAGAAACUGGGCCGCGACAAGCUUCCAAAGUUCAAGAACUUUGUGAAUAUGUCAGAGAGCGCCACUUCGCGCUACAUCCACAUGGCUUGUGAUAUCUUAAGCCCGAGCACCUGUGCCACGCAAAACUACAGGAAACACUGGGAAGCAUUUUGUGAGGAAAAAAAUAAUCCAUCCAGACUUACGCCAAACCAGUCUAACCGAUUCAAAAACUAUUUUGAAGCUGCAGCAGGUCUUAUCCACCAUCACAAAGAGAUGGCUCUUUUCUUCUCUGAUUUGCUGUCGAUGGACAACGACAAAUGCCCAAACAUUAUUCUGGAGUGUGUUGCCACUGAUGCUAAUGAUUCUGUGAUACAGAGCCUUGUAUGCGUUCUUGCCAUUGUCUACUGCAAAAUCGUCGGCCCUUACUGGCAGCUUCUGAAAAGCGGAGGAGAGUACUCCCUCUUCAGCCAGUACAUACUCUGUCUCUACCAAAAGUACCUUGAUUGGUCCAAAGAUCCUUCAACACUGCUGGAACCUGAAGGGGCCACAAAUGUUUUUCUGCAGUUCCCGUUGCAGGAAAAAACCUUUCAUGGAGUGUUUCAUUUCUGUGGCCAGUGGCGCACAAAUAGAGACCUAAUCAGAGCGUGCUUGAAGAGGAUAAUAAAGGUGAUUGCAGCGGUCACUGAGGAACACCUGAAGGAUUUCCUUCCAGGGGGACCAUUUUCUCAAGUUCCUUCACCUGAUUUGAGCUUAAAACUUGUAAAUUGCACAUUCUCUGUCUUGAUGGCAGAACAUCCCUCCAGCCACGCGGAUCCUUACAAGAAGGAAAUAUCUCCAAAGUCCUCCAAACGCUCUUACAAGAGCUUGGACAACUCUCAGGAAGACGAUGACCGAUCUGGCUUAUCUGAUGAUGUUGGCUCUGAUGAAUCUUCCGGUUGGCAUGCGAAGAAGAAUACACACACUGGCCAAAAAGAGGACUACAGUCCUCAGAUGAAGAAAGGUAUCAGUAUUAAAAAAGAAAAGGUACCAAAGGUGCACGAAGAGCUUGAGGAGAACAUGGAUAGGGAUUACAUAAUCGCCACAGUGAACAGGAACGGAGGGCCAUGCAAGUCACAGCAGGAUGUCGACAAAAUGCUGCUGCGUUUUGAUGGAAAGCCCAGAGCGGAAAAACGGGAAGCGAUGCGUUGUGAAAUCUUGUACCAUAAAAUGAUACUAAACAACCCAGACCCAAACUUGUGUUGUGAUUUUCACAACAGCACACAAAUGGUGUUAAAGCUGAAGCUUGCACUUCCUCGUGUUAAACCUGGGUACUCUCUUGUUUGGGCGCCUAGAAAGACCAAAACAAAGCCUGUGUUCCAAGACGCAACAGAUGCUGCCACUGGUUACGGUGAAAACAGCUACCCAUGACAAUGGGUGCAAUGUGACUUCCUCAUAUGAUUUUUCAUUUACAAACCAAUCAAAAAUACACACAAUGACCUCAGUAUUUCCACACAAAUGCAAUAAUGUAUAACUCUGUCCCAGAUGUAGCGGUUGUGUGUUACGGUGCUUGCACACCCAGCA